CCGAACGAGGAUAGAAUCACGAAAAAUUCCGAAAACAAGAGAAAGAGCGGUGCAGCCAGCGGGGAAAGAAAAAUAUUCUCCACUCGUGUUGGUGUACAGCGUUGAAACAGAGUGUUAUACUGUGGGGGGUGUACGGAGGCGAUGCUAGGCAGCGCGGUGAAGUAAGGUGCGACGACCAAGUAAAGUGACCAACAGAGGCGUAACUUCGUCCCAACAAACUCCAGAUUAAAGGAAAUUUGUUUGAAUAAAAAAGGGACAUUUACCUGGUGACAAAAGGCCCGGAAAUUCACAAAAAAAUUGACACCCCACUGUUAACUGCCGUGGGGGUUGAACACUUGAGUGAUAAAGUAACUUGUGAUAACACGAUACGCGAAGAAACUCGGUAGAAAAAGGCGAGAGAACGCCAACAGCUUCAAGUGUCUCCCUCUUACUCCUAACCAUCAGUUUUUGCCCAUUGGCCCCUGUUAACUCUCCCAUCUCACUUCAGCACGCGUCUGAAAAUAUUCAUCGUUUGAAGAAUAUAACGUUCAGUUGUACUCGUUACGGUGAAUAACACGAGUUUUGUUGUACUGCAAUGACGACGCGCGACUGUACACCGGAUUUUAACCCGCAAACGGAGCCAUGAGGAGUGAAGCCGUUGGCUGAAGGAUAAAAGAACAAUUUCGGUUUUAUUAUUUUUUUUUUUUCAUUGUUGUUGAGAACGGAGAGAUCAAUUGUUGGCAAUCGGUUGGGCUGUGACGCGGGUGCAGAGGAAACUUUUUUCUUACUUUUGUUUUUAAUUUUGUUCCUUGUUUACUGGGGGAAAUUGGAAACAAUCGACUGGGGUUUUAUGGUUUUCGGGGGAUUUUGGGAUUUUAAAAUUUUAUCGGAGUGGAUUCAACGGUUGGGGGAGUUUUCGAGUGGUGGAGUUCAACGCUGGAUAGAUUGACAAGUUCACAACAAUGUACGCUAAGGGGAAGGGGUCGGCAGUGCCCUCAGACAGUCAAGCAAGGGAAAAACUGGCGUUGUAUGUUUAUGAGUAUUUACUACAUGUUGGAGCACAAAAAGCCGCACAAACAUUCCUGUCGGAGAUUCGAUGGGAGAAAAAUAUCACACUCGGGGAACCUCCAGGGUUUCUACACUCGUGGUGGUGUGUAUUCUGGGACUUGUACUGUGCUGCACCUGAGAGACGUGACUCGUGUGAACACAGUAGUGAAGCAAAAGCUUUUCACGAUUAUGGAUUUGUAAACAGUGGUUAUGGAGUGAAUGGAAUUACUCACAAUGCUGGACCAGCACCAUCACCACUUGGGCAGAUGCCACCCAACGAUGGCAUGCCUGGUGGCCCAAUGCCCCCUGGAUUCUUUCCAAACAACUCGACAAUGCGACCAUCUCCGCCCACACACCCCUCAUCACAGCCAUCUCCCCAGCACCCCCAGCCACCCCCGCCCUCACACUCGCAGAUGAUGCCCGCCCAGUUUAUGGGACCUAGAUAUCCAUCUGGGCCUAGGCCGACAGUUCGUAUGCCACAAAUGGGAAAUGAUUUCAAUGGGCCACCAGGACAAACAAUGAUGCCAAAUAGUAUGGAUCCAACGAGACAAGGCGAAGCUGGAGAGUUUGUAGGGUGGCAAGGUCCUCCCGGUAUGAAUCCAAUGAACCCGAGGAUGAAUCCACCUAGAGGGCCAAUGGGACCAAUGGGCCCCGGGAAUUACGGUCCAGGGAUGAGAGGACCACCUCCAAACAGUAGUUUAGGUCCUGGAGGGCCUGGGGGCCCUGGUAUGCCACCUAUGAGCAUGGCAGGACCUGGGGGCAGGCCUCAGUGGCAGCCAAACACAUCGACUCCUAUGAAUUAUUCCUCAUCGUCUCCGGGUAAUUAUGGUGGUCCUCCAGGCUCUACAGGGCCACCAGGUCCAGGUACACCCAUAAUGCCAAGUCCACAAGACAGCAGUAAUAGUGGUGGUGAAAAUAUGUACACCAUGAUGAAACCAGUACCUGGAGGCAAUAUGCCUGGAGACUUCCCGAUGAGUGGAGGGCCUGAGGGUGGGCCGAUGGGUCCCAUGGGGCCAAACACAAUGGGUCCAGUAUUAAACGGCGAUGGUUUAGACGGAAUGAAGAAUAGUCCAGCGAAUGGUGGUCCUGGCACACCUCGUGAAGACAGUGGCAGUGGAAUGGGAGAUUAUAACUUAGGAGGUUUCGGUGGUCCUGGUGAAAACGAUCAGAACGAGUCAGCAGCCAUUCUCAAGAUCAAGGAGAGCAUGCAGGAGGAGGCCAAGAGGUUUGAGAAGGAUUCAGACCAACCAGAUUAUUUCAUGCAAUAAUUAUCUCCAACUAAUUGGACUCAAAGAACCGAGUGAAAACAAUCGUUUCUCCUGAAUCACGAACCAUUUCGAAAUCAUCCGGAGCUUGGAAUUUUUUCAUUCCAAUCGAUAAAUCUUCCCAUCAUCUGUCAUUUUCACUUAAAAACUCGCACAAGCGCAUUCGGUAUCGAGAAAAAAUCGAGCUUCACGAUUCUGGGAACAAAUGGCGAUUCUUAUUCUACUCGUCUCGUUCAGGAACUGUCGAAAGUAUCGAUACCCAAUUGCCGGGAGAAUAGAACGACAGAUUUCUCGGUUCGUGGGAGAGGUUUACACUUUGAAUCAUGAACAAAAGAUAAUUAAAACCAAAAACGAGUGUUUUAUCGGUUUUAAAUUGUGUCGAGACGUUCGAGAAUCACGUUGCAUGCAGAAAUAUUUCUCCCAGGGGAAUAUCAUUAUUUCCAGCAACUAGUGUCUCUCCAGCGUUCCCCGGAUGCCCCGAGGGGCAUCCGACAGGCAGAAAAGUAUAUAAUUUAAAUAAAAAUUAGGCCAGUCGUGUCGUAUCGUCGUUGACUCGAUUAUUCGCCGAUUAAAAGAGAAGAAUGAAUAGAGUAAAAUAUAAUGAAUCAUUGUCAACCGACGAGAGACAGAGAAGAUGAGAAGUAAUUAAGCACAAUAUUCGCGUUCGAAUCAUUGAAUGUGUUCUCGGGUCUCGGGCGGAGCGGAAUUUAAAAAAAAUGGUGAAAAGAGAGAAAUUCUCAUUGAAUGAAGUGAUGAUUGCAAGAAUGAAGAAUGACCCGGCCGGUUUUUGAUCGAUAACAGCAUGCUCUCGAUCCACUUCCGGCUGUGAAUUGAUACACCCCAAUGGGUCAUUCCGUCCACUCGGUCAACCGCUGCAUCCGGACCUCACCCAAUCGCGGGAGUUCAAUAAUUUUUUUCAUUCCGGCUGUAAGGCAACGCUUCACGGACGCUGCGCGUCCACGAAUCCCUGUCUACGGCGGUUGUGACGGAAAAUAUCGUUCGUCACGUGGCCGAAAAAAUAAUUUCUAGCUCGUGGGAUUGCAUGAAGAGUUUUUUUCGGUCUAGUGACGAAUAAAUAAUGUUUUACGUGAAUACGAUGGAAUUCUAUCGGGAGGUAAUGAUCGCGCGUUGGAGGCAAUUUUAACGCAUUCUCUGGAUUCACGCAUAAUUAUCGGACAUAAUUGUAGGUAUUCUGUAUGACCAUAGAAAACAGUAGCUUAAAAUAAUUAUUAUAAUGAUAAUUAAAUGAAAUAAAUGUCAUCUAUCCUACCAAAUUUA